AUGUCUCGAACCGAUCCCUAUGACCCAAAAGGAGGUCAACGUUCUAUCAUGGUCACCACCUUUACACCCAUCAAUUGCGGAACUGUACCCUCGACAUCUUAUAUCCCGAAUGCAACAGCGAGGUACGAAGAUGAGACUUACCAGUCUUUUGGAAUACCUCCUGGAACGUUCGAAUCCUUUCGUAUCCAGACUCAGACACAGCAACAGCCACCGCCUUCCAGAUCCCACGGAAAUUACCCAGUAGUGCUAUUCUCACCGGCACUGGCAACCUCAAGAUUGAUGUACACAUUACUGCUUCAAGAAAUUGCGAGUAACGGAUUUGCUGUUGUCUCCGUCGACCACCCAUAUGAUGCUAACAUCGUGGAAUAUCCCGAUGGCCGCACGGUUCUCGGCAUACCCCAAGACAUCGUUACCGAGUCUGUCAACGUUCGUGUCAAGGAUAUGUUAUUUUUACUUGAUCAAAUGCACGACGAAAAAGUAAUCAAAAACCUAUUUCCUUUGUCACGGGGAGAUUCGCACCUACUCUCUCUUGAUCGAGUAACGAUCCUUGGUCAUUCCCUUGGUGGAGCAACAGCAGCGCAGGCAAUACUCGUUGACAAUCGGUUUGCCGGGGGUAUCAAUCUAGAUGGUGGAUUAUGGGGGCCUGUCGUGGACAAAGGACUAUCGAGUCCGUUCCUGCUUUUCGGUCGCUCAAACCACACCCACGCAACAGAUUCCAGCUGGGCAACAUUUUGGUCACAUUCAAGGGGAUGGAAACUUGAACUACAGCUCGCACAGUCCGAACACUAUACUUUCUCUGACUUCCCAGUGCUUGUUGAUGCUCUGAGUGUUUCGGACGAAGCUCGACAAAUUAUUCAGGCCGAGCGUAUUGGGACGAUAGGUGGUUUGCGGGCUAGGGAUGUGAUUACUUCAUACAUCGUGGCCACACUGCAAUAUUUCGUUUAUGGGCAGACGUCAGAACUGCUGAGCGGCCCUUCCGCAGCAUAUCCCGAGGUGAAAUCUUCUACCUACUAG